AUGUCAGACAUUGAUGAAAAUAAAGCUCUUGAACAAACGUUUGAUGUACUGCUGCACAAGAAGCUAGCCACACAAGCCCGCGAGUUAGAAGAAUCACGAAACACGGCCAGACGGUACCGAGCCCAAGUGACCCGAUUGCGAGCCGGUCUUGAGAUGAUUAUGGCCCAAAGUACUACUACUACUACUACUACUACUAAUGAUGAUGAUGAUGAUGAUGCUGAUAAUAAUAGCAAUAAGAAUGGAAUUGGCUCAGACAAGGCAACGGAAGCUCUAAAGUUACUUCAGAAAGAAACCGAACGCCACGCGAUGGAUUUAGAGAGAGAGACAAAACGUCAGUCUCUGCAAAUAGCAGCAUUGGAACACAAGGUGUCAAACCAAACCCAAAUAAAUGAAAGAAAAACCCCACAACCUCACAACAUAAUACCGCAACCCCACACUUUAGAUAAGAGUACGCAAUGCGAUCUUGGUGUGACUCAAACUGCCCUUACGAGUGGUGCUUAUGAUGGUAGCGCAAGCCGUUUCUCUGACCCGGACGGACGACGACGACUAGAGAUGGUGUUUCAGAUUCAACACACACGCGAAACAAGGUUAUUGGCGUGCCGAGUGAUGGAACUCGAAGACGAACUCGAACACGUCUAUUGCCACCAGCAGCAGCACGAAUAUGACAAACGCCAGGCAGAGCUGAGGCAAGGUGUGGCAGAACGCACGCUCCGCCAAAGAGAGUCCGAGCACAUUAGGGUCAGAGAAGGUCUGGAGGGAGAAAUUGGUCAGCUAAAAGUUAAAAUCAAUAGCUUAGAAGGAGAGGUCGUACUGGUGUGCCAGCGACAAGCAAUGUGGAUGAACUCAUUGGGCUGUAAAGCUUGA